UAUAAACAAAACGAAUUACCUUAUAUUACUGCACGUUAACCACACAGCGGAUCACAAAUCUAAAGGUGACCAACAACCGAAAUCGGCCAACGAUGAGUUGCCAGCAAUUUUCAUAUGCGGAAAACCUAAAUUUAUUGUUCCUGGCGAGGUACCGAAGGCUCACGACUUUCACAGUCGAAUUUAUGCAAGCAAUAUGAUGGCCGAUCUGGAUGAUUUGAAGAGAAGCGUCGCUCUGUCCAAGGAGAAUCCCAUCCACCGUGAUAACUUCGAAAAGAGGGCCAUUUCGCAGGAGCUGAUGGAAAUGAAGCGAGCAGAAUUUGUGGAGAUGAAGCGGCGUCAACAGCUCCGCAACGAUAGCGAGGCAUUGCGCAUGCUGGAGGAGCAGCUGCGAUCGGCUGCCAUUGCGAAAGAUCUGUCAGAGCGCAUGUCGGAGCAGUGCCGGUCGCGCGCUCUGGCAGUGAGAGCCAAGGCCAUGGGACAGGAGAGAGCCGCCUUGGAGCUCAUGGAGUUGGCCCAAGAGGACGACAAAAUAUUGGCCCAGAAGGAGGAGCAGCGAAAGCUACGCGAGUCUCUCGCUCGCCAAAUAGAAGAGAACCGACUGCGCCGUCAGCAGGAGGCCGCAGAGAAAUUUUCCCAGCGUGAGCUCAACAAUGCCAGGCAGAAGCAAAUCGAGGAGGAGGACCGAGUAGAGCAAGAGGAGAGGAAUCGUCAGAAGGCUCUGGAUCGCCUGAAAACUCUUCAGUUUAUGCAAGAAAAAAAGGAAUACAGAGAUAUGGAAAAGGCUCGGGCCAGGGAAGAACUGAAAAAGCUGCUCCAGACGCAGUCCGAAGUUGAGGACAGAAAGAACAAACUCGAAGAGGAUAGAGUGCAGCUUAUGCGCAAGCAGGAGGAGAUUAGUACACGCAUUGGUCAGCAGCUCUUCCAAGUGGAGAACGCAAAACAAAUUAGAGACCUCCAGCUAUUGGAUCUACUAGAGGCCGAGUACAAGGCCAAGGCGGACCUACGUUUUCGCCAAGAUGUACAGGAGAAGACAAUGUCGCGGGAUCGUACGAAACAGGAAAUGGAUUUGUACCGCAUGGAAAUGCAACAACGAAAAAUGGAUGAGCUGCAGAUGAAGCGGGAUGAAAUUUCCGCCCGCAGACAGGAACUUCCCAAUCAGAAUGAGGAGACCGAAAGAGAGGAACAACUGGAGGCGUACCGAAAGCGAAAGGCGCACGGUGCUAUGCUCCUCUCGAUGAUUGAAGACAACCAUGUGAGGCGGGCGGAGGCCACAGCCGAACAUCUUCAAUACUUUAAUCUGAAAAAGAAGUCAGACGCCGAACGGCACGCCUUUGAGGAGAGCGAGCGUCUCCGUAUGCUGUCCGCCGUGCCGAAAACAGUUCUUCCCUAUCUGCCCAAAAAUGUCUUGUCCAAGGCAGAGCAUGAGUAUUUCGGCCUAUCAAACGAGCAGCAGCAGCGCCGGCUGGGAAGCGGAGAUUGCUAGAUUGCGAUUGGUUCACAAUUUUGGCGCAAAUCCAAAUUGUAAUCCUACAGGGGCAGUGUUAUUUAUAAGACGCAUAAUUGAAUUAAUAUACAUAUAUCAUUUUAGAUGUAACAACACGCCCAACCGAUUUUUCAUAGGCUAAAAAUUAUAUAAAUAUCGGUUAUUUGCAU